AUGGCCGCAAAGCCAGUUUUCGAAGACACUGAGGUGAAGAGUUCGCCUCCUUCAGCAGAUGCCUUCAGCGAUGAGAAUUCCAACCUCAGUAUCUGGACGAGGAUGGGUGUUACCCCAGAGUCGUUCAAGCCCCGUACGUUGGCGGAUAAGCAUAAUCAGCUUAACCAGACAUUGAAGACGAGACACAUGAAUAUGAUUGCCAUUGGUGGUUCAAUUGGUGCUGGUCUCUUCGUCGGUUCCGGUGGUGCCUUGGCCACUGGUGGUCCCGCUUCCUUGGUUAUCGAUUUCAUGAUUAUCGGUAUCAUGAUUUUCAACGUCGUCUACGCCCUCGGUGAACUCGCUAUCAUGUAUCCAGUAUCUGGUGGUUUCUAUACCUACUCGUCCCGUUUCGUCGAUCCUUCUUGGGGUUUUGCUAUGGGUUGGUGCUACUUCGCUCAAUGGGCUACAAUUCUUCCCUUCGAAAUCAUUGUCGCUUCGGAAUGUAUUCGUUUUUGGCGAGAUGACCUAAGUCCGGCUAUCUGGUAUUCCAUGUUCUUGCUCGUCAUCGUCCUCGUCAAUGUCUUCGGUGUCCUUGGAUAUGGUGAAGAAGAAUUCUGGACUAGCGUGCUCAAACUCGCCGCUGUUGUCAGUUUCUUGUUCGCCGGUUUCAUCUUCGUCCUUGGUGGCGGUCCAUCCAACGGUCAAUUCAAUGAGUACUGGGGAGCCAGAACUUGGUAUGAUCCAGGUGCAUUCAGGAAUGGAUUCCGAGGUUUCUGUGGUGUCUUCGUCACUGCCGCUUUCUCCUUCGCCGGUACUGAGCUCGUCGGUCUUGCCGCUGCUGAGUCCAAGACUCCUCUCAAGUCCCUCCCAUCUGCCGUCAAGCAGGUCUUCUGGCGUAUCACUCUCUUCUACGUUCUCUCCCUUCUCUUCAUCGGUUUCUUGAUCCCAUCCAACGACCCACAGCUUUUCGGUUCCGGAAACUUCAUCGAUACCACUGCUUCUCCUAUGGUCCUUGUCGCCAACCGUGCUGGUAUUCCCGGAUACGCUUCCUUCCUCAACGUUGUCAUCCUCGUCUCCGUCGUUUCCAUUGGUAACUCCGGUGUCUUCGGUGCUUCCCGUACUUUGUGCGCCUUGGCCGAGCAAGGAUACGCCCCUAGGAUCUUCGCCUACGUUGAUCGUGCCGGUCGUCCUCUCCCAGCUACCAUCCUUAUUAUCUCCAUGGGUGGUCUUGCCUUCAUCGGUCUUGCUCCACAGGGUGUUGAAAUUUUCGACUGGCUUUUGGCUUUGUCCGGUCUCUCUGCCCUCUUCACCUGGGGUUCCAUCUGUCUCUGCCACAUCCGUUUCCGUGCCGCAUGGGCUCACCAAGGUCGUACCCUCGACGAAAUCCCAUUCAAGGCUAUCUUCGGUGUUGUUGGUUCUUGGAUCGGAUUGGCCAUCAACGUUAUUGUCUUGAUUGCCCAAUUCUAUGUUGCCUUGUACCCACCACGUGGUGACGGUAAGCUCAACACCGCUGAGGGUUUCUUCAAGCAGUUCUUGGCUUUCUUCAUCACUCUCUUCUUCUGGAUUGUUGGAUAUCUCUGGAAGCGUGAGGGAUGGAGGAGUCUGGACCAGAUUGAUCUCGAUGCCGGUCGUAGGGAGAUCGAUUGGGAAGAGCAUAACAAGGAGAUGGAGAGGCGGAGAAACGCUCCAUUCUGGAAGAGAGUUGGAUAUAUGUUUGCUUAG